AAAACAUCAAUCACAGUACAGUAGGUAGUGGGACCAGUGCUGCAGUUUAGGGUUGGUUGUGAAAUCCCUGUUAGCCAGAACACUCACAAAACUAAAAAGGCUCCAGGAGGAGAAAUAUUUUUUCAGUGAAAUAGCAACUUUAGGACACUUUUUUUUUCUCCUUUUUUUUAAGUAAUGGGGAUUUUAGAUCUCUUUCUCCAGUCCUCCAGCUCUAUCUCCCUGUUGGGGGGUCUUGUUGUCCUGCUACUAGUCUACCUUGUCUCCUCCUCUAGCUUCAGCUCCAAGGAAGACAGAAAGGAGCCUCCAGGACCAAAACCAUUUCCCCUAAUAGGGAACCUGCUGCAGCUUGAUCUCAAGAGACCCUACAACACAUUAUUGAAGCUUUCCAAGACAUACGGAUCAGUGUUCACUGUGUAUUUGGGACCCCAAAAAGCAGUGGUCCUGGCUGGGUACAAGACGGUGAAAGAGGCACUUGUCAACUACGCUGAAGAGUUUGGUGAAAGAGACCCAAUGUUAAUAAUGCAGGAAUAUACUGAAGGCCAUGGGGUUUUAUGGUCCAAUGGUGACUCGUGGAAGGAGAUGAGGCGCUUUGCUUUGACUAACCUGAGAGACUUUGGGAUGGGCAAGAAGGCGAGUGAGGACAAAAUCAUUGAGGAAUGUGAACACCUCAUUGAAGUGUUCAAGACAUUUAAAGGUGAAUCUUUUGAUACGACCCAACCAGUAAACUAUGCGGUCUCUAAUAUUAUCUGCUCCAUUGUUUAUGGCAGCAGAUUUGAAUAUGAUGAUCCAGAGUUUACAUCCCUGGUAGAUCGAACAAACAGAAACAUUCAACUUGGGGGCUCCCCGUCUGUACAGCUGUAUAACAUGUUUCCAUGGCUCGGUAAAUGGUUUAGUGGGAAGAAGGAAAUGGAGAAGAUAUUUGCUGCCAACAGGAAACAGAACUUAAAGCUGUUCAGUCGUUUGAAAGAGACCCUCAAUCCACAGAUGUGCAGAGGCUUUGUGGACGCCUUUCUGGUCCGAAAGCAAAAUCUGGAGGAAUCGGGGAUUGACAACAGUUACUUCCACGAAUGCAACCUUAUGCACACAGUUCUUCAUCUUUUUGGGGCUGGCACUGACACAACAGCAACUACUCUGAGAUGGGGACUUCUGUUUAUGGCCAAAAAUCCAAAAAUACAAGACCAAGUCCAGGAGGAGCUGAGAAGGGAGAUAGGAAGUCGUCAAGUGCAGGUUGAGGACAGGAAGAACCUGCCCUUCACCGACGCGGUCGUCCAUGAGACACAGAGACUGGCCAGCAUCCUCCCAACGGCAGUGGCUCACAAAACGAGCCAAGACAUCACCUUCCAGGGUCACUUCAUUAAGAAGGGGACCACGGUAUAUCCUCUCUUAACAUCUGUCCUACAUGAUGAGAGUGAGUGGGAGAGGCCACACAGCUUUUAUCCUGCUCACUUCCUGGACAAAGACGGGAAGUUUGUCAAGAGGGACGCCUUCAUGCCUUUUUCUGCAGGUCGCAGGAUUUGUCUCGGAGAGAGUCUGGCCAGGAUGGAGCUCUUCAUCUUCUUCACCACCCUCCUGCAGCACUUCCGUUUCACUCCUCCUCCUGGAGUUUCAGAGGAUGAACUGGACCUGACUCCUCGUGUGGGCUUCAUCCUCAACCCUUCACCCCAUAAACUGUGUGCUGUUCCUGUAUGUGAGCAGUAGGGCUUGAAAAUGCAGCUCGGCCCGCUUUUUAGACUUCAACUAGGGCUGCACUAUAUUGGAAAAAACUGACAUUGCAAUAUAUUGUUUUCCUGUGAUAUAUCUCUAUAAUCUAUACUAUAGACACAUUUUUACAAGAUGACAUAAAUAGCUCUAUUUAGAAAUAUUAAAUCAUUCUCGAGUACUGCGGUGAUUUAGCUACAUCGAUAAAAAUAAUGAACUUUUUUUAUGUGAACCAUCCUUUGUUGAACUUCAAUACUUUACAAACACCAAAGCAAGUAAGUGCUGUGACUACUCUUCUGAAGUGAUUUUGGAGAAGGAAAUAAGUAGGGCUGCAUGAUAUUGACUUAAAAUCACGAUUAAUUGCACAUUCUGCAUUGAUAACGAUAAAUUAAUGAGUUGCUCAGCUGA